AUGGUUAAAUUUCUAUUUUGUUUACUGCUACUAUUAUUAGUAAUAAAUAUACUAAAGAGAGGUGUCUUUGACGUAGAGAAGCUAAAAUCACGUCUCGAACAGUUGGAGUUACAGUCUUCAGAUAUUAACUUAUGGCAAGAUAAUGAAAAAGCACAAGAGAUCUUAAAGGAACGUGCUAAAAUCAAGAGUCAUAUAGAAUCAUUUUUAAAGCUAGAAAGUGAUUACAACAGUAGCAUUGACUUAAUGAAGUCUGCUGUUGACGAAAACGAUGAAGAGUUUUUCAAUGAAGUUAAAAACGAACUAGUAAAAUUAGAAAAACUAAUAAAACAUCAAGAAACAGAGUCUUUAUUCACCGGUGAAGCAGACAAUAACGAUUGUUUCUUAGAAAUUCAUUCAGGUGCAGGCGGUACUGAAAGUAACGAUUGGGCUGACAUGUUAAUGCGCAUGUAUAUAAGGUGGGCGGAAAUCUAUCAUAAUUUCAAAGUUGAGAUUAUAGAAAAACUAGACGGUGAAUCAGUAGGUAUCAAGUCUGUAACAAUUAGAAUUACCGGAGAAAAAGCUUAUGGGUGGGCAAAAAGUGAAAGUGGUAUUCAUAGAUUAGUUAGAAUAUCGCCUUUUGACUCAAAUGGUAAACGCCACACCAGCUUUGCAAGCGUUGGAGUUACUCCCGUUAUUGAGGAUUCAAUCAGCAUUGCCAUAAAUGAAAAAGACCUAAAAAUUGAUACCUAUCGUGCCUCUGGAGCUGGUGGACAGCACGUAAAUAAAACAGAAAGUGCUGUACGUAUCACGCACAUUCCAACAGGUGUAAUAGUGCAAUGUCAAAAUGGCCGUUCUCAGCACAAAAACAAAGAUGAAGCACUAAAAUUACUCAAAGGACGAUUAUAUCAAAUUGAGUUAGAAAAGAAGGAACAAAAAAUGGCUGAAGAAUAUGGUAAAAAAUGCGAUAUAGGUUGGGGCAAUCAAAUCAGAUCAUACGUUAUGCAUCCAUAUCAAAUGGUCAAGGAUUUAAGAACCGGACAUGAAGUAGGCAAUAUAGCUUCUGUUUUUGAUGGUGACAUAGACUGUUUUAUAAUGAGCGUAUUAACUACAAAAGGGCUAUAG